AGCUCAUGAUGCUCAUAAUUCUUAAACAUAAACAGAACAUAACCCUUCUUGCCCCAUCUCUUCUCUCUCUUUGAGCCGUCUUUUUCUUGGGGGGUUCUCUUCACAGGAUUGUAUCCAUGGAGAAUAGUUUAAAUCAAGAAAUAACACCCACAUUUCAUAAAAGAAAAGAAAGUAAAACAACCCACAAAAAACCUCAUGAGAUGGGUAAUGCUAAGCAUGAAUCUUUAGUUAGUUUGACAAGGAGGAAGAGGGCAGAUAAUGUUCAUAAGAGAAACAGUAGAAAGGGAAAUGAAAUAUUGAAGGCUCAAGAAAAGGAUCAAGCGUCGACGGUCGGUGUUGAAGACGAUGGGAAGGCAGAAGUGGAGAGAAAGAUUGUGGCAUUGCAAAGGAUUGUCCCUGGGGGUGAGUUGUUCGGGGUAGACAAGCUGUUUGAAGAGACUGCCGAUUAUAUAAUGGCUUUGCAGUGCCAAAUUAAAGCCAUGAGAGUUCUUGCUGGUUUUCUUGAAGGGCUAGAAAAGGAAAAGAGGAAGUUUGGAGGUUAAAGCAUACGGCUACCAACUUGUAUGACUUUGAGAGACCGUUGAUGCCAUUUUUUUCGUUUUAUAAUUUUUUUUCCUUUUUGUUCAUUAAUUUAUUUAUUUUUAUCUUAAAGAUGGGAGGAGGAUUUUCCUUG